AACAGAGUGUUAUGUUAUCUAAUUAUUCGUCAUCGAUUUCGAUGGACUGUGCAAUGACUUCCAACAAUCACUUGAUCCACGUACUAGAAAGUUCUUUCCAAAAUUGUGACCGAGAGGACUUUUGGCUGUUAGAUAGUUUUGUGUCAAUUUUCUCGAGAAAAUGGGGCUAACAACCCAUCUGGGUUCUAGAGUUUUGUCUCUGUUGAAUCUCUCUCUGUUCUCGUUGUUCUUCUUGGUUCACUCCGAUUCCAGUUCGAUCGACGCUACAGUAAUGCUGGAUCUGAAGCAGAGUCUCAACAACGCAUCGAGUUCACUUGGUUGGACCGACCCGGACCCCUGCAAUUGGCAAUACGUGAAUUGCUCCUACGACAGGCGGGUCACCAGGAUCCAAAUCGGGAAUCGGAACCUCACUGGGUUUCUCCCUCAGAACCUCGGCUUCCUCACCGCCUUGAAGUCACUCAAUCUCUCCUGCAACAAUCUCAGCGGUCCGCUUCCGAGUCUCGAUGGGUUGAGCUCGCUCCAGGACCUGUCUCUCAGCAACAACAGCUUCUCUUAUAUUCCCGCCGAUUUCUUUUUCAACAUGACUUCCCUGGAAAGUCUCUAUCUAGACAACAACCCCUUCUCGAGGUGGCUAUUAACUGACAGUAUCCAAGCAGCAUUGAACCUCAGGAUCUUCUCUGCCAAUGCUUGCAAUGUUACCUGGAUAAUUCCCUAUAAUUUUGGUUCGCACCACCGGAGGCUGAGGAUUCUUCACUUGGCGUUCAAUGACCUUCAAGGUGGGUUGCCGGACAGUUUUAUGGGUUCUUCCAUUCAAUCCUUGAAGUUGAAUGGGCAGCAGAGUAUUUAUAAGCUCAAUGGGUCAAUUGAUGUGAUUCAGAACAUGACCCAGUUGACCGAAAUCUAUUUGCAUUCUAAUAACUUUAUGGGUACAUUGCCGGACAUUUCAAGGCUUACGAGAUUGAAGACCUUUAGUGUGAGGGACAAUAACAUUUCAGGUCAGGUACCAGCAUCUUUUGUGAAUCUUUCAUCACUUAAGGUUGUGAGUUUGGCAAACAAUCUGUUACAAGGGCCGACCCCAAAGUUUAACUCUAAUGUUACGGUUGAUAUGAACAAUGGGUCUAAUAGCUUCUGCUUAUCUGAUCCUGGAGUUGCUUGUGAUCCCCUGGUGAAUACAUUACUUUCAAUUGCGGAGUCUGUUGGUUACCCGAUGGUGUUUGCGGAGAAUUGGAAAGGGAAUGAUCCUUGCAACGCCUGGUUUGGGCUCUAUUGCCAAAAUGGAAACAUCACUGCUAUUAAUUUUUCGAAUUUGCAUCUUACAGGUACAAUUUCUGCAAAUUUCUCGUCCAUUACAUCGUUGCAGAUAUUAAUUCUUGCUAAUAAUAACCUGGCCGGUAGUAUCCCAAACGAUCUUACAACUUUGCCUAACCUUAUACAAGUAAAUGUCUCAAACAAUCAGCUUUCUGGAACUAUCCCAUCAUUUAAGAGUGAUGUGAUUGUAGACACUGAUGGCAAUCCUAAUGUAAAGAAGGAUAGUGUUCCUCCUUUAGAGACUUAUAAAAGUGGCAGUAGGUACUCGAUCGGAGUGUAUGUGGUUUUGGUAAUUGGUUGUGUUUGUGUAUUUUUAUUUGUUGGGAUUAUGAUAUACUAUCUAUAUUGGCGUAAGAAAAAGCAUUCUGGUGAUUUUCAUGUUAUUGAAGCUGAACACAUGGUAAUCUCUAUUCAUGUUAUAAGAAAUGCGACUAACAAUUUUGGCCAAGAAAACAUAUUGGGAAGAGGUGGAUUUGGAACUGUUUACAAAGGGAGGCUGUAUGAUGGGACUAUGAUUGCAGUUAAGCGGAUGGAGUCCGGAGUGGUGAGCGAGAGUGGUUGGGAUCAGUUCAAGACUGAGAUUGUUGUACUUAGUAAAGUUCGACAUAGGCAUUUGGUUUCUCUUAUAGGAUAUUGCUUGGAUAGAAAUGAGAGGCUACUUGUUUAUGAAUACAUGCCUCAAGGGACUCUUAGUAGGCAUUUGUUUAGAUGGAAGGAAGAAGGGUUAAAACCCCUCGAAUGGUUGAAAAGGCUAACCAUUGCUGUGGAUGUGGCUAGAGGAGUUGAGUAUCUACAUGGUUUAGCCGAUCAAAGUUUUAUUCAUAGGGAUCUUAAACCGUCCAACAUUCUUUUGGGAGAUGACAUGCAUGCUAAAGUUGGCGAUUUUGGAUUUGUUCGUCUUGCACCAAAUGGAAAGUCUUCCGUUCUAACUAAAUUAGCAGGAACUUUUGGAUAUCUCGCCCCAGAAUAUGCAGUGACAGGAAAAGUGACAAUUAAAGUUGACGUGUUCAGUUUUGGAGUGAUUUUAAUGCAGCUGAUUACUGGAAGAAAAGCUGUAAUUGAACUUGAGACUGAGCAAGAUGAGUUCAUUGGUAUUGUCACAUGGUUCCACACAAUCCGUAUGCAGAAAAACACAUUCCACAUGGCCAUCGACCCGACAAUUGACCUCGAUGAAGAAGUGCUUGCCAGUAUCAAUACUGUUGCUGAGUUGGCUAGCCAAUGUUGUGCAAACAAGCCCUCUCAUAGGCCCGACAUGAGCCAUACAGUCAAUGUGCUUUCAGGUCUGGUUCAGCAUUGGAAACCAUCAACCUCUCAUUGUGAUGAGGUAUUUAGAUCGUUUGGAGAUGUCAAGUCAAAAGAUGAUAGCUACAUAUUUCCAAACGAGCGGCCACAAUUUACUCACAUCACUAAAAAUUUAGAUGAGUAGUUAAAAUUGUUUAGAAAUAUAUAAAUAUUUAAAAAGCGCUCUUGAAUUCUUUAUAUUUUAAUAUUAAUAUCACCUUGACAA